AUGGCUGCCGCCAGUGCCCUCGUCUCCCCUCCCGUGGACGGCAUGGUCACUGUCACCCAGCGCGGCUUCGUGUCGGCGGCGGCGGGCGGGGACGCGGGCGAGCUGCACUUGGCGCAAUGCGCCAAGCUGACCCCCGGAGCCAAGCGCCUGAUCAAGGGCGUGGUGCGCGGGUUGAGGGCCUGGCAGGAGCCGGAGGCCGCGGCCGAGGGCUUUGGCGGCACAUACUUCUUCAGGGACGAAGACGGCGCGCGCUGCGGCAUCAUGAAGCCCUGCGACGAGGAGCCACUGGCGCCCAACAACCCCAAGGGUUUCGUUGGGCGCCAGCUGGGCGACCCGGGACUCAAGCCCACCGUGCGCGUCGGCGAGGCCGCGACACGCGAGGUGGCCGCCUACCUGCUUGACCGUGGCCACUUCUCCCGCGUGCCCCACACCGUGAUGGUGGAGAUCAGCCACCCCAUCUUCCACGUGGCCCCGCGCGAGGAGGGUGCCCCUGCCCCGCCCCCCACCGCUGCCUCCUCCUCCUCCUCCUCGCUGUCCUCCGGUGCCGCGGCGGCGCCCGUCCCGGAGUCUGCCGAGCCCGCGUCGCACCCGCCCCGCAAGCUGGGCAGCCUGCAGGCCUUUGUGGCGCACGAGUGCGACACCAGCGAGCUGGGCGCCUCGCGCUUCCCCGUGGAGUCCGGCGAGACGUCGCCCAUGAGCGAGACGACCGCCGAGGGCGGCGACGUCUCCUCUGCCCACCCGGCCCCGCCCUCCUCUGCCGUCUUCCGUGACCUGACCGGGGACGAGUGGGAGCACUUCAUGCACAUCGUGCGCUGCCGCAUCGGCGCCGCAUUGCGCACCGGGGUCUGGAAGCAGGGCCCGGCGACAGGGGGGCGCAUGCUGCCGGGCAUGUCCUGCCCCCGCUUCUGA